AUGUUUAGUAAUAAAGUUUGGGUUUUAGAGAGUGAUAAUUUUAUAAAAGGUAUAAUUACAGAUACAAACGAUUAUAUAAGUGAAGAAAAUGGUCGUAAAUUGAAUGGAUAAGUAUGGGAAAGAUGUGAAGAUGUUUAAGCAGACAUGGUCAAUCUCGCAAUAAUUAAUGAUCCAUAACUUUUAUAUAACUUAAGUGAGAGAUAUUAAAAAGAUUAAAUAUUUACAUAUGUUGGACCUACUUUAAUUGUUAUCAAUCCAUUCAAAAGUCUUAAUGUUAAUCAACAUGAAUAUGUAGAUAAAAUUAUUAGAAAACGUCAUAACUAUAAAUCUAUUUAACCACACACAUAUGCUAUAGCUGCAUAUGCAUUUACUAAAUUAACUGAAAAAACUUAAGCUAUUGUUAUAUCUGGAGAAAGUGGAGCAGGUAAAACUGAAAAUGCAAGAUAUUGUCUUAAUCUAUUAACAAGUGUUAAUUCUGAAGAAACUGAAUUAUCUGAUAAGAUUAUGGGAUGUAAUCCUAUACUAGAAGCAUUUGGUAAUGCUAAAACUAUUAGAAAUAAAAAUUCAAGUAGAUUUGGUAAAUAUACAAGACUCUUUGUUAACUAAAAAUAAUAAAUUAUUGGUGGAGAUAUUGUUAAUUAUCUUUUAGAAAAAAGUAGAGUUGUUUCUCACUCUAAAACAGAUAGAAAUUUUCAUAUUUUUUAUUUAUUAUUCGGAAAUCCUAAAUAUUAAAGAUAAAAUUUCAAUUAUUUAGGUACAGAUAAUUAUUUUAGUUAAAAGUUUUAUGAUGAAUUAAUGUAAGCCUUUUCUACUGUUAAUAUUGAUGCUGAUAAUAUCUUUUAAAUUGUUUAUUCUGUUUUAUUAAUUGGAGAAUUAUAAUUUGAUGAUACUAAUUAUGGAAAUACUUCUCCUUGUACUGUUAAAAAUUAAGAUCUUUUAAAAUAAAUUUGUUAAUUGUUAGAUUAUGAUUACUAAGAUAUUAUUAAAGCUUUAACUUUUAAAUAAGCUAUUUAUGGAAAAGAAAAGAUUUUAUCACCAAUUAAACUAUUUGAUUGUUUAAGAAUUAGAGAUUCUUGGGCUAAAGAAAUAUAUGAAAGAUUAUUUAGUUGGAUCAUUGAAAAACUUAAUGAAACUUUAAUUACUAAAUAAGAUAAAACAACAUAUAUAGGAUUAUUAGAUAUUUAUGGUUUUGAAGUUUUUGAUAAUUUUAAUGGAUUUGAAUAAAUGAUGAUUAAUUAUUCAAAUGAAAGACUUCAUUAAUUAUAUAUUGAAUAUGUUUUUAAAGAAGAAAAAAAAAUAUUUAUAAAAGAAGGUCUUGAAAAAUAUGUUGAUAGUAUUAAAUUUGAAGACAAUACUUAAUUAAUUGAUAUGUUUGAUAAACCUCCAGUUUGUUUCUUUAAUCUUAUUGAUUAAGCUUGUAGAUUAAAUUAAACUGAUUAAUAAUUAUUACAAUCUUUCAGAAAAGAACUUAAAUUUCCUAAUUCUUAAAAACCUAACUUUACCAUUAAGCAUACUGCUAAAGAUGUAGAAUAUACAUGUUAAGACUUUGUUGAAAAAAACUAAGAUGAGAUUCCUUAAUUAUUAUUAGAAUCUAAAUGUAAUAGUUAGAUGGUUUAAUUAUAACCUAAACCAAAAUCUAUUGUUGUUAAGAUCAAAAAUGAAAUGAAGAGUUUGAUGACAGAAUUAUAAUCUUGUGGAGUUCAUUUUAUUAGAUGUAUUAAACCUAAUGAUGAAUUGAUACCUAAUAAAUUAGAUUUUAAAUAUGCCAUGAAAUAAAUUAGAUAUUUGGGUAUUUUAGAUUCCUUAAAAGUAAGAAAAGAAUCAUUUCCUAUUAGAGUGGAUUUUUGGAGAUUUUAUUUAAAAUAUAGAUUUAUUUAAGAAGGUGGAUUCUCGGAUCCCUUAAAUAAAGAUUACAAAACAUUAGAUUUUAAAAUGUUUUAAGAAUAAUUUAACCAAGUUUCUAAGGAAUUAUAUUUAUUUGGAAAUACAUAAAUUUUCAUAUAAGAAAUAGGAAUGACAUAAAUUGAUAAAAUUUAUACUUUAUUGAUGAAAGAUAAAAAUGACAAGGCCAGAUUUAUUUAAUCUGCAUUUCGAAGAUGUUAAUUAAGAGAUAGAUUUAAGAAAUUUAUGAGAAUGAUAAAAAGGGUUGCCAAAUAAAUAAAGAGAAAAUUAAGGAAAAUAUAAUUUAGAAAAAAAAUGAAAGCAGCUACUCUUAUUUAAAAAUUCUUUUUUAUGUAUUUAGCGAGAAAGAAAUAAAAAUUAUUUAGAAAGUAAAUUGAUUAUUUAAAAAAUGCAAUUUUAAAUAAAGUAAUAUAAGGAAGAUUUCAGAAAAAAAUAGAUUGUAUUAAGAAAAUAUAAAAGAAUUUUCGAAUUAGUAGAAUUUAAAAAAGGAUAAUGUAAUAUUUAAGCAUUAGACGAAUAUUAAAUCUUGUAAUUGAGAAAUCUUGGGUAUAAAUAAGAAGUAAGGCUGCGAUAAUAAUCUAAAAAUAUUAUAGAGGUUAUUAUACUAGAAAAGCACAUAACAAGGAAAUAGAAUAAAUAAAAGAAGUUGGUAGAAAAAUAAGGAUGGAAAAGAGAAUAAAAACAAUAUAAAGAUGGUCUAGAGGAUAUAUUGUAAGAUUAAGAUUAAGCAAAAUGCAUGAAGCAGCCUAUUUAAUAUAAGGAUAUUUUAGAAUGAAGCAUUUAAGUUGCGUAUUUUAGAGAAUGAGAUAGGCAGCUGUAAUAAUAUAAAGAAGAUUUAGAAUGAUAUUACCUAGGAGAAGAGAAUUAAAAUAAUAAUAUGAUUAAUAUAUUUAGCCAUUAGAACAAUAGUUGCAAUAGUAAAAAUUAUUAGAAGAGACUGAUUUAUUUGGAUUGAAAAUGGGUUAAAAAACAGAUUAUGAUUCAGCACUAAUUUUAGGUAUGGAAUCAUUAAUAUCUCCUAAAAUAUAUUUAUUUGCUUUUAUAAUUGAUUUAGAAAUAAUUUCAGAUACUUCUGAUAGUUACAAUGGAUCAUUUGCAUCCAGCUAUAAAGAUUUAUUUAUAUAAAGUUUUGAAAAAGAAAAUCCUUUAUAAUUUAUUUAGAUAGGAGAAAAUACAACAAUAGGUGCAUGUUCUAAUAAAUUAUAUGGUUGGGGUUUAAAUGAUAUGAGUUAAUUGGGUUUUACAUAGGAUGGUGAAAAACAUACUCCAACUUAAUUGAAUUUUAUGGGAAAGAUAAAAAGUAUAUCUAUGGGAUAAAAUCAUUGUUUAUUAUAAUAAAAUGAUAAAAAACUAUUUGUUUGGGGAAGUGUUCAUCAUAAAUAUAUUUAACAUCCAAAGUUAUUAAAUGAAAAUGUUGAAUUUAUUAAAGCUUAUAGAAAUAGAAUUAUGUAUAUAUCAGAAGGUAAAGUUUAUGAUUAAUUAAAAUAUAUUUAAAUGCCUGUGAAAAUAAGUUCAUUAUCUUGUGGAAGUGUAUUUACAAUUUUGUUAAGUGAAAAUGGAGCAUUAUAUAGUUAUGGUUAAAAUGAAAAAGGUUAAUUGGGUUUAGGAGAUAAUAAAGCAAGAGAUUAAAUUGAAAGAUUGCCAUUAAAUGAAAAAAUUAUUGAGAUAGAAUGUGGAUUUAAACAUGUAAUUGCUUUAAGUUCUUUAAAAAAAGUAUUUGUUUGGGGAUGUAAUUAGUUUGGUUAAUUGGGUACAGGAGAUUUUUAGAAUGUAAAUAAACCUAAAUAAUUAUAAAUUUAUGGAGAUUAAGUGAUGGCAGCAAUGAAAUGUUCUUGUGUACUCAAUAAAUAAUUAUAUUGGUGUGGUACAAAUGGUACUAUUAUUAUGUAAUGUCAUUUCAAACCUUUCAUUUAAAAAUGUAAUUAUUUGAAUCGGAAAGAGUAUUAAAUUGUUCGAGUACUUAGUUCUUAUUCAAAUAACAUUUCUAUUAUAUAUUGUACUUAUGCAUGUUUGCGUGGAUUAUUUGAUAAUAAUUUAGGAAAAGGGUUUUAAGUAAUUAAAUAAUUAACAACUAAUUGGGUAUAGAGUGGAAUCUGGACAAUCGACCCACCCUAUGUAGAAAGUUUGAGUAAUUAUAUGUGUGAAAAACAUCAAAUGAAAAGUAAUAAAACUGUUUCAAAUGGAAACUAAAGUAAUAAUUAGAAAAUAAUGUAAAAGAAAUAACAGUUACAAUAAAUUUAAUCUUUACCAUAUGAAAAACUGCGUAAAAUAGAUUUGGAUUUAUAUUUUUGA